AUGCACGUGCUUGUGGUCUACGCUCUGGCCUCGCACUACCAGCCAGACCAUUCGCGGUCGUUGCAGCACGCUGGCUGCAUCGGGUCGCACGUCGCACACACACUCCGACUGAUAACACCACUGCCCACCACCCACAUGCCCACCGCAACAGCAGCGGCAGGAGCAGCAGCAGACAAUGGCCAGCCAGCUGCGACCGAGGAUGUCGACAAGUGA